GGCUGCCUGGAAACUGACGAGGUCAAAUUAUCGUCGGAGAUACAUCGGGUCACUUUCUUCUCCUACACGUACGUACCCCAUGCUGGCAAGGAAAGAGGAGGUUGGGUCUGGGAAGGCGCAGGCAGUAGCCCGGGAGGCCAUCGAUGGCGUCGCCGCCGCAUCCACCGCCACCAUCACCACCGCGACCGGCCAUGUCAUGGCCGUUUCCGAAUUCGUCGCCCGCUUUGACGAGGCGGCGAGGAAACGGCUGAACCGGAUGAACGAGACGCUUAAGAAGUUAGAGACGCAAAUGGAAGCGAUGGAGGCGGAGAUUAGCAAAGCCAGUGAACUCUCCCAAUGGGAUUGACUACGAGAUCACAAUUUUCUUCUUCUUAUUAUUAAGAAGAAAGUACUCAUCGAAUUGGUCAGCGUCAGAGACUCAAUGGCAUCACCGCGGCGGCGGAUCCAUAUACUGAACCGUUCAUGCUUUGUUUUCAAAUGGAAUUGUUUAAGCAAAUAAUUGAAAUGAAUUCUCUAUUAUUAUUAUUAUUAUAUUUUUUUUCCAUGAUCUAAUUAUGCCAUCGUUUCGGUAAAAGGUCAUUCGAUCUUGCCACACGGCCGGCCCGCCGGACCACGUCUAUUUAGAAAAGUAAAUCAGAAUAUUGUCAUCGUAAACUUUAGUUAAAAUCCGAGGAGUUUGGCAACAUAAUGAAUGAUUUUAAUGAGCCUAGAUCACUUGCCCCAAACUUGUUGGAACAGCUAAGUACGUGGUCAUCGAAGGAGAAAAUAGAGCUGUCAUUCAUGGAAAGAAGAUGUGUUUUCCAAUUUAGUUUUAUUUAAUAAAUUGUAUCCAAUAUUAUAUUUCACUCAAUAUAUUUUGGAUUUGAAAGUAAAUUCACUAUUUGUAUUUGUUUAAUAUAUUUAUAAAUUAACUAUGAGGGUUAACAUUAAUUAUUUAAUUAAUCCUCUUUAGGGCCGGGCCGAUAAGCCCAAUAUAGCUCAAAAUAGCUGUUAAUUGAAAUUUCCAAACCCGGAAUAGAUCCGUUGGGGAAGUCUCGCGACACGGUCCUAUUCUUCCUCCUCUCCUGUCUUCGUCGUCGUCGCCUGAAAAAGAAGCGCUAGAUUGUCCUCGCUUCGAUCUGAUCGACUCGCUGGUGGAAGGAGCAGGGAGAGGCUGGUAGACAGAGAUGAUGAAGAGCAUUCGCGCGAAAUCGGCGCCGAGGAAACCUCUUGGGGACGUAUCAAACGGCGGGGGCAGCACCCUCCGGUCGCGCAAGAAGAGCAACGCUUCCAACGAAGCGAACGAACAUGAAGGUGCCGUCGAUCGCCUCCUCCUUACGCGCUCCGACCUAGCCAAUAUCGUCGCCCAGAUUGACGAUAUAAUUGUUCAAGUCAUUGAGAAUAAAGGAAAAGGCAUCAAGGCAAACCGAGAUCUUGAUUCCUUUAGGAAUUUGUUAUCAGAUAUGCAUUCAUCUCUGAAACCAUGGCUUCUGAGACUACAACAAUAUCUUGACACUACUUCAACAGCUACUAAAAAUCAGUUAACUCAAGCAAAAGAAACUAAACAUGUUACUUGUGCCAUGGAAGAUGGAGCUGCAGUCGAAAUCAAUAGAAAUGAACCUAAACCAGAACCUGAAUCUCAACAUGCUGUUUCACCUUCGCCGCUAGUCUGUUGGCGUGCUGGCACGUGUAUGGUUGAUUAUGGAAAACAACUAUUUAUGCUCACUCCGCUACCCAAAAACCGACUGUGCUCCUCGAAGUGCCCAGGGCCAUCCAAAUCUGCAGUAAAAAUGUUCACAGAUAAAGUACAUCCAAAUUCUCAUGAACUACCUCCACCAUCAUCUAUUCCUGCUAAUGUUCAACAUUAUCUCACGAGAGUGGAAGAAAAGCCUACAGCAAUAAGUCGUAUUGCAGAAAAGUCAGCACCAAUUGACUUAUCAGAGUCUUCUUCUUAUGGAGAAACAAAUGGUCUUCAGCUUUUAACUCCAUGCUUACCAAGGAGAUCUAGGUUUCUUAAUCCAAUUGUAGAGUCACAUCCUGAUGGAGUGAUUUCUGAGCUUGCUAAGAGCAACAAUGUCACUGAGUUUUCUAAUGACCUUGUUAAUGAGGAUUCAGACAAAUCCACUAUGGAGAACCCAGAUUCAUUUGGUGUGCAGCUUGUUUCUGGAUUUACUAAUAGAAGAAAAGAAAUGUGUGAAACACUUGAUUGGUUCUUAUCGCCCUUAAAGACUUGUAUAUUGCAGGAACCAUCAGAUGGAAAGCCACUUCCGACGACACCCAAUAAUCUGCUCUCGCUUUCCACCCCUUUCUGGAAGGAUUUGGAGAGUAGUCAAAAAGGGAAGUUACCUGGUGAAACCUCACUGAAGAGAGAGUUGUGGACCAAGUUCGAGGCUGCUUCCUCAAAUCAUCUACUUUUCAAUGUUUCCAUCUUUCAACAAACAGAAAAAGAAGAAUUUCUCAACAAGUUUGAUCAAGUUGCUGAAUGAUGACGCUGAAUCCAGCUACUAAAAGAAUUUUUGAUUCGUUCUCAGUCUUGAUUCGUAGCGGAUUAGGAAAAUACCAAAUGCAUUCAAUAAUGUCAAGAACAACCUUUGAACAUUAGUCAAUUCAUGACUAUGAGAAUUGGCUUUGUACAAGUUCUGAAGUCCUUAGAUAAGUUAGUGAUUUUUCAGCUGAUUAAUUAACUUUUCAGUGCCAUUGACAGACAUGAAUCACGAAUCAUUGUAUCAGUCUUAUACUGACUCGAAUGAUGCGAGUGAUUAUAACUCAAUUAAUAUGACAUCACAAGACCCUAGACCGAAGGCAACAUCUCUAAGCUUUUUGAUUAAAGCCAAGGGUAUAUUGUAUAAUCAUUUUUUUGUGUGGAUAUCAUUGUUAAAGCUUGAA